AUGCUGCCCGCGCGGCGCAGGCAUCUCUCCGACGCCUGGCAGGCCGUCCUCGCGGUCGUCCUCUCGUCCGUCUUCCUGCUCGGCAUCGCGACGCACUACAGCAUCAUCCCCCGCAUGCGCCGCCCCGGCCUGCGCAAGGGCAAGCCGGACUACGAGUUCCCCGACUUUGACAAGAUCGUCCCGCUCCGCACGCUGGACGCGCACGACGUCGGCCUCGACGACCCCGCGCGGCGGUUCCUGGUCAUCGGUGACGUACACGGCAUGAACCAAUCCCUCCAACGAGACGAGCCACGACUUGCGCCUGCGGCGGCGGCCCCUGGGCAUAGACGCGGUAGGGCAAUGAGGGAGUCGCGAUUCGCUGCUCGGAUCGGGCGUGCUUCGCUUGCCAAGCUCCUCGCCGCCGUCUCCUACCGCCCGGCGACCGAUACCCUCGCCUUCGCGGGCGACAUCAUGGCCAAGUCAACGCACGCCGGCUCGCUCGCCGUCCUCGACUUCGUCACGCAGCACGCGUGCGGCGGCGCCCCCGGGCGCGUGCACGCCGUGCGCGGCAACCACGACCAGAUGGUCGUCCAGUGGCGCGCCUGGCGCGACUGGUUCGCCGCGCUCCACCUCGACCCCACCGCCGCACCGGCGCCGUGGGUCCCCGCCCUCGCCCCCGCCCGGCGCGCCCUGUCCCGCUCGCGCGCGGACCCAGAGAAGAAGGAUCCGCCGAACGUGACGCGGGAACGCCUCCGCGCGGCGCAGGAGCGCGCGAUCCUGCACGACGUGCCGGACAACCGCGACCCGUGGGUGCUCCUGAACAUGCGCGGCGUGCGGAAGAGCGGGAAGGUCACGCGGCAAAACGGCAAGGGCACGCCGUGGAGCAAGGUGUGGAAUCGCGAGAUCGCGCGGUGUAGGGGGUUCGAGGCCGGGCUCGACGGUGAGGACGGCGAUGACGGCGAUGACGGUGAAGACGGCGGGGGAGGGGCGGCGCUGUCGCUGCCGUGCGAGCCCGCGAGCAUCGUGUAUGGGCACGCGGCGACGCGCGGGCUGGACGUGAAGCGCUGGAGCGUGGGCGUCGACACGGGGUGCUUGUACGGGCGGCGGCUGACGGCGCUCGUGCUGCAGCGCCAGGGGGAGGACGGGGGCUUGCCGCCCUGGGACGAUGAUGACGAGGAUAACGAUGACGAUGACGAGGACGACGAGGAUAACGAUGAAGAAGAGGAGUGCGACGACGGCGAGGAAGAAGACGACGACGACGAUUUCGCGCUGCAGCGCGUCCCACGUCCGACAUUCCGCGCAAAGAAGCCCUGCAGACCCUCGAAAGCGCCGCGCAAGCCGCCAAAAGCGAAGACGCGGCGCAUCACGUUCGGGGACGAUGACGCGCGGUUCGGCGCGCACCUCUACUUCGUCCUCUCAAGGGUACCAUCACGCCGAGUCGCGGGACUCGUAAUAAUACAUUUUGUCGCAUACGCCACCGCCGUGCAUGUCGACGCGGGUCACCAAUGGUAUGUGAUGCACCACGCCUUAGAUGUUGCGGAAAUCGUGUCGCAUAUCGUCUCAUAUCUCUCCUGGGAUCCCGCAAGUCGCUCGUACCGAGAUGCCCGCAGCCUCGGCCGACUUGCUAGGACAUGCAAAACUCUCAGCGCGCCGUCUCUGGAUGGGCUGUGGAUUGCACAGGCCGGCGUCGAAAAUAUCGUCAAGGCAAUGCCUCCCGAUUUCUGGUCAGAACGAAGGGAGACAUGGCGUUGGUUCAACAGAGAGAUCCGCCCUCAGGAUUGGGUUCGUUUUCGUUUCUACGCUCAACGUGUCCGCAUUAUGCUGUUAAACUACUCGUGGGGUUCACACAUCAGUGACGGCGUUCUAGACCACGAACACAUGACAAUGCUUGGAAUGUUUGCGAUAUCCUCGCCAUCGUUUCCCAAUCUUCGGGAGCUUGAGACGGCGCAAUCGACCCUUCCUGUCGAGUUGAUACCCAAGUUGCUAGGAUCGAAAAUCACGCACUUCAAGAUGGCCCUAUGCGAUUCCGAGAAAAUGACCUAUGCAAUACUCGCCCACUUACCGGUCCUGGUGCCCAACCUACGCGCGCUUCAAUUAGAUCAUUCAUGCGCGCAGCCGGAAGAUCGCAAUGGCCCCUUCUCUUUCGCCGGCGGCGCAAUACAAGGGUUGAGUCGUCUGGAGAGCUUCAAGUUGUCAGCCGGGUCUACACUUUGCUUCCAGUCGUUCAGGGAGCUUAUUUCCUCACCACGGCUGAUUUCUCUGGAGUGGACCUGUAACCGGGUCAUUGAUCAGCUCAUUACAUCCGCCCCGCUUGUCAGUGUCGCCUUCGGAGACCAACAGACACUCAUGUCAUCUGUGCAAGAUAUCAAGAUCGGAUGUAACAGGCUUACAGCCUCGUUGAGGGUGCUUGGCGCGGUCAAGUGGGUGAAUCUACAAUAUCUCACGGUCAAUGCAGUCCAUGCAGGUCGUGAAGAUCUUCUUGACCUGUGUCAGAGGCUUGGGGACCAGUGCUCGACAGCUAGCCUCAAAUGCAUCAAAAUCCAAGUCAAUGAAGCAGAGUCCGUCAAUGACCUUCCGGGAUCUUUCUUACGGCCUCUCUAUGCGUUCCGUCAAUUGGAGUCAAUUACGACCAAUAUGGAGUACAAUGUCAUGCUCCGAGAUGCCGACCUCAUGGAGAUGGCCGUUGCGUGGCCACGUCUGCGGCAUCUUGUGAUCGAUCAUGAAUUAUUCACGGAUACGCGACCGUGCAGGCCCGCCACGACGCUCAGCGGACUGCUCCAUCUCGUAAGACACUGUCCGGCCUCCGUCACGUCGCCCUAG